CUUACUGAGUCGGCGCACGUCCUUUGUUCAGCAACCGCUCAUCAACAAUACGAUUGAGGGAAGUUGGCAUGGUUUAGUUUUAGCUUUUAUCGUCCUUAAUAACACUUUGACAGCGAGGACCUAACCUCUAUUCACUACACAGUUUCUCAGCUUAGCUGAGACGCUGCAAGCUCAGAAUGGAAACUUCCUCGAUGGCAACGGACACAGUUGUGAUUGAAAAUCCAGACGAGGCAGAAAUUGAAUCAAGCGAAAUCGCGCCUGUUGAAGUUAAUGAAACUCGUGCUCAACAGCCGGAAAUAGAAAAAUCGCCGGUACAACAAGUAAACAUGUUAGAUGUUACAAAGUUAAGUUACGAACUUCAACAGGGAUAUCGUGUCUUCAUAGAAAUGUCGAGUGAUGCGUACAAAAAUGUGACUUGGCCAUUUAUGGAGCCAGUUGAUGCUGAAUCACUUGGACUCUGGGACUACCACGACAAAGUCAAGGAACCCAUGAGCUUCCAGGAGAGUAAGUACAACUUUUUAUUAUUCAUUUUUGUUAGAUUUUACUAAUUAGAAUACGCAGUUAAGUUGUAAGCUCAACUUUCCUGUUAGUAAAUUGUGUAUUGCAUAAACUUUGGCUGACAAGCAAUGACGUUUCUCGGUUUGACAAAAAUUAAGCUUUGGUUGUCCUUUGCUCCAAGAAAACUUGUUAUUUUGACUAAUGAUAAUCGAGAAUAGUGAUUUAUACUCCUUGUAUUAAAUUUUGUACUCAUUCGUCCUCUUACAUUUCCUAAAAUUUCUUGUUUUGGAAAACACUGUUAAUUUGCAUUGUAAGAAAGGAUAUUGUUGCCUAAAGAAUUUCAAACAGUUUUCCCUUCAAACUCUAGGAAAAAGAGAUAUCUACCGAGGGAAUCCCCACGUUGGUUGUUUAGGUUGCUUGUAAACUAAUAAAGGACCUUAACUAUCUAUUUUGCCCAACUAAAGAGGUUUAUUACUUCAAACUUGUGAAGGUAACUUGACUACAUCAUUGACUAUUGAAUCCUGUGAAGAUUUGUAGGGAUGCCUUUUUCUUUACUUACUUGCAAAUAUUUUUUACUUAGAAUGAUUACAGGAAUUAUUGAAAUACAAUAUAUCAUUUUAUUCAUAAUGGAAAUAGGACCAUUUUGGCAUUAAUCCUUGGACAUGUUUGUGAUUGACAAUCUAGUCAGUGUGAUGGUGUCUGGGUGUGUGUGGGUCAUGACUGAGCUGUAUAGAUUGGCUGACAGUGGCAUAGUAUAGUGCAUUUGAUGGCUAGCUGACCACAGUGGAGACCCAGCAUUACAUCACACAGAACAGUUGGUAAACAACAUAUAAUCUAUUUCAUUUAUUUUCAUUUUCUCUUUAGUUGGUGGUAAAUUCAAUAACUAUGAGUACACCAGCAUCACAGAAGUUGUGGCUGACAUCCGUCUGAUUCUUGAAAACUGUUAUCGCUACAAUGGAUCAAACCAUUGGGUCUCAAAACUUGGACACAAGAUGGAGAAAAUUCUGGAGCAGAAGCUAGCCUUGUUAAACAGGUAUUUAUAAUGAACACUUCAAGGUUUUUUCCUUAGUAAAAUUGUAUGGAGCACAAAAAGUAACACCAAAGGUAGUGCAAUUAUUUGUAGUUACCAAGACUUGUGUCUCACAAUGAUCACUUUGUUAUUGAUCACAAUACAAUAACCACCCUCUGCUGGCCUUCAUCAGGUUGCUGGAUGAUGAUCAGCAGCCAGGGGUCGAAAUGUCGCGAUUAGCAACAAAUUAAUGGCCUUUAAUAUUCAUGCAUCAUUGCUUGAUAUACUGGAGACUGGCGAUACUUAUUACUUAUUAGGAAAUAGAUGAAAUUAUUCGUAAAAUAAAGAAAGCAGAACUAAAUUUUUUGUAAUCCUGCCUAUAAAAACAGCGAGUUUUAAAUGCAUCUUUUUCAUAUGUUUUUCUUCGUAAGAUUAUAAUUUUUGCAAUUAGUUAACCGCUCCAUAUUUAUUUGCAAAACUGAUGAGUCUCUCUUGCUUUUUACUUUUUUUAACCUUAAUUUAAUUGCAGUUAUUUUCUUUUCGUAUUAUUCUUGGCGCACCUAGACUAGCUACAGCUAUUUGCGGUGCUAAGACACGGGCAAAAAUAUUCUUUAGAAAAUUUAUAAUAAAGUCUUGAAGUCUUAUUUGGGGGACAAAUGAUAAACAAAGCUACAAAUCACAAAGAAUGACAUCAUUCUCUUAUAAUCAUUAUCUACAUCUGACAUUGUAUGCCAGUACACCUCCAUGUAUUUCUGUGUAGAAACUUCUUCUUUACUCUUUAAAUUUGUUAUGAACAUGAGUCUUUGAUUGUUUUACAGAUCCCUCAGAGAUAAAGUCAAUUUGGAAGCAACCAUGGCCUUAAGGAGUGAUUUUGCAUCAGUGGCCAACCCAAGUGAUGGUAAUAAUCCCAAGUUGAUCUUUUUUUUCCUUUUUUCAUUGUUAAUUCAGGAUAAAAAUUGACAAAUAAUGUCAGACAAGUAAAAAAAAUCGUAUACUGUGUUUAUUUAUGAAACCAAUGCAGACAACUUUACCUAGUAUAUAUGCAAAAUACGUGCAGUUACUUUCUUUACCCCUGGGUGUCCUUAGUAACAAGGUUCAAAUAUUUACAGUGGCAAUCAUAUCAUUCUAUGUAGUCUGUAGAAAAGCUAUUGAAAGAAUCUCAACUUGUAUGAAGGAUUUUCAUGCAUUGUCUUUGUAAACCUUUUUUUCUGGCUCAUUCACUAAGGUAUUGAGAGUGGGUUCAAGAAUAGUUGGAAAUUAGUAUAAUGUUAUCCUUAUACUAAUGGACAGUGAACAUGCUGAAAUAUGUUAUUAUUAUUAUUGCUAAAAAGAGAUAAUUUUCUUCCUAUGUUAUUUUCAGGAACUGGUCGUCGACGGGCUGCUGCUCGUAAUUCAUAUGUCAAGAUGAUUAAUGGAGAAGAAUCCUCCUCUUUGCUUACUCGACUUAAAAUCCAAGAGGACUUAGAAGAGCGUGAACGACGCCGCAUUCGAGAGAAGGAAAAGAAGGAAGCAAAUUUAGUUCUGCUUCAAGAUUUGGCUGAGUGGGAAGAGAAGGAGCUCGGAACAGAUGUGCUCAAGGAACUUCACUCAAUGUGGGAGGUAUGAAUUCCUGAAGAUUUGAAAAGUUAAAUGUCUAAAUACAGUUACAGUCAAACCAGGUCAAGCGUACCCCCCAAGAAUAAAUUAAUGAAUUUAUUAUUCAAAAGUUGAAUCCGUUGCUAGUUGUAGAUUUCAGAUUGAUCUCUGCACUCUUGCUUGUGUAAUGAGCCGUGAAUUCACACGCGAGGCAGUUAUGAAAUUUCUACCAGCUCCAUUUUCCUGAAAUUGAUGUAAAUGUCUUCUAAGAAGCUUAAUCCAUUCAAAGAUUUCCAAUCUGAUCAAAUACAGAGAAGUUCUCGUAAAAUAUUCACUGCUCAUUAAGCAUGCAGAAAUGCCGCUUUGAAUUUGACACCAGUUACGGGAACGACUAACGGAUUCAUUUUUCAAAUAACCAAUUCAUUAAUAGAAUCUUAGGGGGUACGCUUGACUUGGUUUGACUGUAACCUUUGUUCCAUUUUUCUCUGCCAAAAUAAUAUUAUUUGAUUAGAAGAAAUGAUAUUGUUAUUCCUCCCAGCUGAGACCAAUUUUUAUUAAAUUUUAACACAGUACAGGGUAUCUCUUAAGAGGUAAGGAGUAGUUGUGUUGGGUUUAAUGAAAUCUCUCUUUUUUGAUAUGUAUGUACAGUGUUAGGAACAGCAUUUGACAUGACUGAUACAUUUUUUUUAAUUCCAUUUUUUCUAUUUCUUUCACUGUCAUUGUUCUCAUCGUUGGGCUACUGGACAACUCAAGCAGUUCAAUUAAAAGCUGGUUAUCAGUUGUUUACCGUCCUGUUCAAGGCCCCUUGCCCCUAUCUGUUGAGAUUUUAGGGAAAAGGAGCCCUACAGCCCUUUUCCUGGCCAUAUCCACCUAUUACACCUUUGGCAGGUUUUCAUAGAAAAUGUUAUUGAAACCCCUACAACUUUGCCUCUGUUUAAAAAUUAAUAUUGAAUUUUUAUUUUCCUUUUCAACAGAUUCCCUCCUUGGCUGGCUUGCUUUUUCUGUUGAAAGAUUUUCUGUAUAUUCCUGACCUCAGUAUCACUGAACUUGAACUGGGUUUUGUUUAUGCUAACAAGUCUUCAUUACUGGCCAGAAUAUUUACAGCUCUUUUGAUUACUCCACAUCAGAGGAAGAGGUGAUAAUGUCCUUAUUUUUUCAUUACUUUUUUCACCAUAUUUUUGGGCCUCAGUUUCUGUUUUUUUGGAGAGGAAGUGCUGUUUAUAAAUUUUUGGCCUUUCUCAGUCCUGCAUUGUAUAACAUUUAGAAUAUGCAUCUACAUGUAACAGUUUCUGCUAAAUGCUCAUUAAGGCCUAAGCCAAUCGUUGAACUUUUCAUGGGACAAACUCUAAUUUGGGUUGACCUAAAUUAAGUUAAAGUCAUCUGCUAGGUCAGACGUCAAACUUGGGAUGCGUCAAACCAAUCAACUGAAUCAGACAAAAGAGCAAUUUUAGUAAAUUUUCUCCUGAAUGAGGCUAAAUACACAUUCGCAUACAAUUUUUUAAUUUACUAGUUUAGUUUGUUGCAUGUAAAGAUCCCUGUUUGUCCCAGAAAGGAUCUCCAGACGUUCUAUCUGUCUGAAGCAGACGGAUAGAACAUGACAAUCUAAACUCAUUCAGAUGAACUUAACUGAGCCAGACGUUGAACUUUUCAUGAACUUAACUCACUAAGUUUGUUUCAUCUCAUGAAAAGUUUGACGUUUUGCCUAGGCCUAAGUUAGAUAUUUAAUGAUGAAUAAUUCAUUUUUAUCUAUCUUUAAGUCAUUGGCAGUUUUUAUUGAUUAGUUAAUUAAUGCAAUGCUAAAUAAGUUGCCAGUGAUUUGACAAAAAACUGGAAAAUACAUAUGUACAGGGAGGCUCCUCCCAAACAAUCAACUCGUGAGUCUUUCAAUUUUGGUACAAAAUUAAUGUAUUCAUGUUACAAACAUUAUACAAGAUUUGAUAUUUUGAAUUAAUAAAAUAUUGGUACUGCAGGACGGUAGACAAACCAUCAAGUUUGUUGUAAACCACAAUAAUAUUUCUUUUAGGAAUUUUUAGGAUGCUCUGUAACUGUCUAGCAGUGCUAUGUAGGUGAUUGUGUUGUUGCUACACAUGAUCUUAUAAUCUUUCAAUUCAUUUUGGGUAGUUUGUUCAAGAAGCCACCCAUGAAGUUCAAAGUUUGGGAAUCCAAACUCUGUGACAGAGUAAACAGCUGGUACAAAGCUACUGAGAAGGAUGGCCAAGAAUUUGUAAGUGUACUAUGACAUUCUUGUUUUUGUUCGACUUUGCAUAAAGUUGUAGGUAGCCCAUGAGUUCCAAACCUCUUAAGUAUUGAGUAACAAGCUCUUUAGUUUUGUUUAAGAACAAAGAUUCCCUUGUUGCCCAAAGAAAAAUUAAAUCACCAGUGGUCGCUAGAUGUUGCUAGAAAUGAGCCAUGCUGUAUGUAUGUAUCUUGACCGUAAUGGCAGAAGAGGCUGAUUGUUUUCACUGAACCAAACUGAUACAGUGCUCUAUGUGUAUAAAAUGAUACAAGUAACAUAUUUAAAAGUUGUUCCUAAAAUAAUAAUAAUAAUUAUCUUGUACUUCUGUGAAUUCAUACAGCACUGAGAUUUGAUUUUGGAAUGAUGCCAAUUUGUUAUUGUAGAAUAUGCAAUAAACGCUUUCAGUUAGGCAGUAAUGGGACAGAGAUUUUUCCCAAGAAUGUUGACUGUCAUAACCAGUUUUUUUUCCUGGCACAUUAACAGAUUCCAUUUUUUAUUGUUAUAGACUUGUCAACAAUAUGGCUUGGAUAUGACUCUAUUUGAAGUUAUAGGUGGGUACAUGUAGCUUGUAUUAAUGAUGUUGUUAUUAGAUUGAUGAUAUUAUCUGUCAAUAAUACAGGAUUUGCAGUCAAAUUUAAUCUGUUGCAGAUAAGCAUUGUUGGUAGCAGCAGCCUCUCAGUAGACAAAAUGAUCAACUGAAGGCUUGCAUUGAGGCUUUCACUGAUGAUAACGACAACAAUCAAUGAUAACUGUAUUAAAGCAACUGUAGAUAAUAACACACAAAUUUAAUAAACUUGGAUAUCUGAUGUUGAAUUGAUAGGGCAGAAUAUGCAAUAUAUUUUUUUUUGAAGUUAUGGCUAACAUCAAUAAUUUUGUUUUUGUUUUUUUUUUUUCUCUCCAGGUGAAGUGAAUCCUCUUCUAGAAAAGUCCUAUAUGGACCUAACUCUGCAUCAACGAGUGUGGAUUCUUAAAUGUCUGUGUGACAACAGCCUGGUAAGACUGAAAAUCUGAUGAAAUUAAUUUCACAAAAAGGGUCCUCUAAGAUUCCACCGUAAAAGCACUUGUUCUGUGCAAAUCAUUGGUGCUUUUGAAGGUCCUCUCCAACGUGAUCAAAUUUGUCAGAGAAAAACUUUUGUGAAAUUUUGCACUCAGCAAUUCAGACAACCAUGUUUUUGCUUAGAAAAUAAAAUUCAGUGAAGUUAGUCAAUCAAUUAAGUAGGCCUUGUGUGUAUUUCUUUAGGGCUGUUUUGUCUUAAAUUGGACUUUUACUUUGACAUGUCUGUUUUUUUUUCUUUCAGGUGAAGGACUAUGAUUUUCGUGAUCACCUGACCACUAUUGCUCCAACUGAUCAAAGAGAAUUGCUUUUGGGGAAUGAUGCCAAUAACUGGACAUAUCUGUAUUUUCCUAUCUUCUCUGCUACUGAUUUGCGUAUCUACAAGCAAUGUCCUUUGGAGGUUCCAACAUUCAGCAAAAGAAAGAAAAAGGUGCAACUAAUACAAAAUUGAACUUAUUGUAAAACAGUAAAGAUUUGUCUUUAUUAUAUAAACGCCAACGAAAUACCAGGUGAGCUUUCGCGCGAAAACUUGAUAUCUUCACAUGUGAAAAUAACAUGUUAUCUUCACACGUGAAAAUAUCAGUGUUGCUCUGGCUACAUAAUAGAUCGCACCUUCCACACCCAAAAACUAUUAAAGUGAGAUGGUUUGGUAGUUCAUUGGUGUUUAUAUAAUAAAUAGAACAUUACAUGGCCGCUUGGAGAUACGAAAUUUCUCUUCGAGUGUUGAAAAAAUAUUUCACGAGUGAGCGCAGCGAACGAGUGAAAUAUUUUUUCAACACACGAAGAGAAAUUUCGUAUCUCCGCGCGGCCAUGUAAUAUCCUCUAUGUAUUAGUUAUCUCUUGGUUUCUUUAGAAAGAAGUCAUGAAAAUAAGUAGUGUGUCUUCAGUCAGCUCUCAUCACUCCCUGCCCCCUAAAUCAUUUAGCAAGAGGAACAUCUGUAUUUUGGCUAGCCUGUGUACAGAUGCACCCCCCCCCCCUCCAAAAAAACUUGGGGAAAGAGACUCUCUCUCCUUGAUUCUUUUUCUAAGGGGAGGGUUCGUUUGUAUACAGGCUAUGUCAGGCUAUGUCUUCGCCUGAAAAUUUCUACACUUACAUGUAUAAUUUAAAUCAAAGUUUACAUACAAUAGAAUCCUGAUUUCUUGAACCCCCAGUUUUCUACUCUUGGAUAAUUCAAACCAAAACUAAUUUCCCUUAACAAGGCAAGUACUAUAAUUUUGACUACCAAAGUUUCAAACCUUUUGAUUAUCCAAACCAAUUUACCAGUAGCUUUCUUAAGUAGAUUCUGAAAAUCAGAAUCCCACAGUAAUUAAUUCGGUAGUGUUGGGUUUCUGGAUGUAGACAACUUUGGUAUCAAACUUUUAAGGCCAAAAUGAUCCUGUGAAACACAGCUGUAGUCGUAAGCUAGAUAACUACUAAAUACCAAUACUUUUCCAAGUUCGUGCAUAAUUAUAAUAUUAACUUUAUGAAAGAUUAGCUAACCACAUUUGUUACUCAUCAAGGUUACAACACCUCCACCAGCCAUAGUGAAGCCUAAAGUGACUCCAGCCAGGGCUGCCACACCCAUCCCAUCCAAGCGAAAUACAAGACUUAGAAAGGUAAGUUGAUAGUUUCCGUCACAGCUUUACAGUGUAGUUGACACUUUUAUCUCUCUGAUUGCUUAUGACAAGGUUGUCAGCAGUAAUCAGUGAAAGCACAGGGGUGCAUAGAGUUGAGUUUUGAUGUACAUGAGACAGUUAAAAACCAGCAUCAAAUCCCUUUGAAUUCUAAAUGGAUUUCACGAUAUCAGGGCCAAAAACCAACCGUUUUCCCAUAAAGCCAGUAUACAAGAGAAAAACGACUUCUUUACAACAGUGAUAUAUAAAAGAUAAUCUUCUAAAUUUGACUCACUGCACAUGAUCAUAUUCAAGAUCAGAUCAUAAAUGAACCACAUUCCUAAAGUCUUGCAUUUUGUUAAAUGGAAUUUUUUUUGUUCCUUUAAUUUUCUUUAGAGCCUCAUUUCUGCUGAAAUUGCUCCUUCCGUUAAUCCAGUGAGUCCAUGAGCCAGAACCAAAAUCUGAUACCAUUUCGAGGGAUUAUACGCUAAAACACUUUUACCUUAGCAUCGUACCAUUAAGUGCUCUAGCUCAUGGAGUGGGACAUUCUUUUCUUUGAUUGAUUGUCCUUGACCAUUUGGUUGCAAUAUUAAUGGCAGAUGCUGUAGUAUGAAUUACGUUACUUUCAUUUGUUGUAGUUGAGGAGUAGUACACCGUCACCUGAGCCAGAAACUCCCCCUCCUCCAACACCUCCACCAUCCGAGCAAGAAGAUCCACUGGAGCCAAAAAACACGAUUGUCGAAGGCUUUGAACUGGCAGCGUGUGAUAUUGAGACCCUGAAAAAACUCUGUGAGAAAUUUGAUGAUCCACCCCCUCCACCUACAAAACGUGGAAGAAAACCCAAGCCCCCACCCCCAAGGAAGCGCUGUGAAGUUGACCUGCAUCAAACUCUGAUAGCUUUGUUGGAGGAGUUAGAGAAGUAUGAGAUGUCAUUUGGUAAAAUGAUGAGCAAGGCAAAGAUUAAAAUCAUGAAAGAGAGUCAGGAGCCAGAACCAGAGGAUGAGCCAGGUAUAGUAGUACAUCAUCAUUUUUUUGUACAAUUUUCUCAUCUUAAAGCCUGCAUCGCGAAAUGGAAGUUUGGUUUCUUGGAUGUUCAGGGGUUUCUACUGGAGGCCAACUACCCACGCCUAGACUGAUUACCAAUCCCAAGGCUGGCAAUCGCCACUACCCCCUUGAAAGGCGUCAAGGUCCCCGUUACACUGGCAAGCAGUUGAAAAAGGGGGGAGAGAAAGACAGCCAUGCACGAACAACACAAGAUGGAUGAAAAAAAAAUUGUUAUUGUCCCAGAAAGCGGAACUCCUCCAGCUAACUCAGAUCAGAACAGCUUUGUUUUCACUGAAGGUUCAAGUUACGUGCAUUCCACCCUAUUACUUGGUUUUGAGUUUUUAACUUUUUUGUUGUUGUUUUAUUAUCUCUUGAAGAAGUCCUUCCUGUCGAAGAAGGAGAGGAAUGGGGCAGUGAAGAAAACAGUGCAGAUGAAAUCGAAGACGCUGGUGCCCAGAACAUGUCAAGUGAUGAAGAUUUCGUUUUAGAAGAUGAAGAAGGGAGGAGAAGCAAAACGCCGACACGUAUGGAAGCAACUAAAGAUAGUGAAAUGACUGAAAACCAAGGUAGCACUGGAACAUCGAUUGUGCUUCCUCAAAAGAGAAAGGCAGCUGAUGAAGCUGACAUUGUUGAGGAAUGUCAAGAGCCUUCAGGUUCUACAGAUGGUGAUAAUGAAAAUGAUCCAUGCUCCAUCUCCAUUCAAACAGCGCCUCUGAAACUGAAGAAGAAGCGAAAGAAGUCAGUAACUACUGUAGUCUCUUCAGCUACAGUCACGGCUGUCACGCAAGCAACUUCCGCUGGAUUCACACAAGCAAAUCGACAACCAGUCAGCCAUGUGCCAGCAGGUCUACAGAUGGAUAAACAGAUAAGACUAGCUAAUGUGGUUGCUGCAGUCCCAUCAGGUGCCGACAAGAAAGUCGUUUCCAGUAGUUGUGUUAAUACUGUGGCAACUGAUGGAGUAACUACGGUGGGAUCAACGUCUCGCCCCAGUAUCACCCUGCAGGGCAAGAACGCACCAUCUGUUAGAAUACACCCCAAGCCAAAUAUCUUGAACAAAUCACAAUCAUCUACAGUGACUAAGAAACAAUCCUUAGUUUCAGUGCCUACGUCUCAUGUCCAAAGUAUUGCCUCAGUUCAUCCUGUCACAGUUUCUAAAAAUCUCGCAUCAACGGCUUCUAGCCUUGCGUCUAGUCUACAGUCCCAAGCUGGUUUGUCUGCUACUGUACCAGGCUUAGGUAAGGUUAUGUUUGUGACCAGUUCUGGAGUUCCAUUGCAAGUACUGAAAGCAGUUCCUGUAUCACAGCAGUCCCUGGUUCAAGGAAAGGUUUUGAACACUGCUUUUCUGGGAAGCACUGGCAGCUUAACAUCAGCAUCUGCCGCUCCUUCAUCUUCAUCAACAUCUUCUCCAUCUGAGGUAUCAGUUCCUCUAAGAGUCAUGAAAGCAGUACCUAUAUCACAGCAACAUUUGAUUCAAGCAAAGACUGUGACUACUGCUGCAGGGGGCAGCAGCACAUCGUCACCUGCGUGUGUGGUGACCUCGUCGUCAGCACUGUUAACUCCCACUACAUCAUCUGCGGUUGCUAGCUCAUUGUCGCGUCCUCCAAGCACAUCCAUUCAUAAGGUUGUUAUCUCAGCUGCACCCGCUAAAUCGGGCAGUACUUUAUCAACGGCCAAGGCAGGAGGUCUUGUUAGUACCACAAGUGCAUCAUCUCCUGUUAUUCUAGUGCAGCACCCAGGGGCGGGAGGGAUCGUGCCACUCACAGUCAAGGGAGGGACCAGGACCAUGUCUGCCCAAGCAGCCUCGCAGCAGUUGGUCAUUAUCAGACCUUCAAGUACAACUCAGUUAUCCGGAACAGCUAUUUCUGUUUUGGGAAAUGCAAAAAUUGCACAGACUGCCCAGGGGCAAAAGGUGGUUAUUGCACCGGCCGGGCAAAGUGUGCCGCAAGUGGAGGCAAAGACUUCUUCUGUUAUCACUGGCAACAAAGUAUUUGUCCAGGCAGCAAUGUCUCCAAUAGGAAUGAAGCCAUCUGAAGCUAAGACUACUGCAGUAGCAUCUGGAAGCAAACUACUUGUGACGACUAUGUCAACAACAACAAGUACUACAACCAUACCACAAGGAAUAGACAGAGUACCGACUACAUCUGUCACUUCAGCACCAACCUUGUCACAAGCUGGACACAGCUUACCGCAAGUGGAGACGAAAGUUUCUUCUGUUGUCAGUGGCAACAAGUCAUUUGUUAAAGAGACAGUGUGUCCAUCAGGAGUGACUGCGGCUAAUUCGACGGUAGCUCUGGAAAGCACCGCUGUUCUGCCAAUAACAAUGGCAACGGCAUCGAUGUUGCCAGCUUUUAGCAAAGGACCAAAUAGUAUUUUAACCAUGGGUAUCGGUUCAACGUCAUCGAUCACUUGUCCUGUUAAGUCAAAACCCACGAUAACUGCUUCAUCUACCAGCAAUAAACAAGUUGGCCCAAAGGAAAUAUCGUCAAAUGACGUAUCAACCACUCCAGUGACCUUGGAGAGCAAAUCAGCAGUAAUGUUGGUAAGUCCUGAGGAGGCAAAAUUGACGUGCGCGUCUUCACAUGACCAGGAAGUAACAUCUUCACAUGUCACAUCUCCUAACGAAUGUGCCCUCAAGGCGGACUCACUUUGUCUAAGUACCACUGAAGCGUCUAAUACAAUCUCCAGGACUAAGAUAUCACAGUGUGAUGGCGUGAAGGUGGUACAAUCACAAACAAAGCCAGCGUUGUCACCACAGACAGACCUGGAGAAAACGGAUGCAAAAUCCGAGGACAGUUUUUUACCUGCGAAGUCUAUGCCCUUGGGUCUGAAUGGUGAAACAAAAGAGUUAGCUGAUAGUUGUACCGAUAUGAAAGGUACUGUUGGUUUGAAAGAGAAAGACUCUAAGAAUGAUUGUGAAUUGUUGCUGGACCUAACCUGCUACGAGACAAGCGUCAGUGAAUCUGGUGGAUGCGAGGAGAGUGGUGACUUCUCUUCAAAUGGACUUUACCCAAACCCAAAUACAACUCUGCCAUCAAAGCUCACUGAAACAGACGUUAAGCAAUGCAAUGGAGUUACUUCACCAUUGUCUCAGGAAGUGACGCACGAGGGAAAAGAGCUUGACUGUCAAGAUCAAAAUCUUGACACAGUGGUUGACAAAACAUCUGAGGGUAUUAUAAGCAAAUCUGAGUGAAUCAUUCUGUCCCUCUGACACUCGCCUUUUCAUUACAAAUGUGGAGAACACGGUAUUUUUGGGUAACUUUCUCAUUGCUCGUGACUUUUUCAUUUCUAAUGUCGGCAUAAAAUGCUUAUUUCAUUGCAUGUUUUUUUCCGCAUUCAGUCUUUGCUCAAAUCUAGUAUCAUUUCAGAACGUAUUUAAAGGGAGUUCCCGAGUAGACUAAUUCAGGCUUUAUUGUGUGAGACCAGAAACUCAUAAGGGGUUCUGAUGAGACCAAAUGGGAAUCGUUCUUUCUUAUUGAGACGGAUUGUUUCCCCUUUUUGUCCAACGCGUUGUGAAUGGGUUAAAGGUAACUAAAAGCCGAUUAAGAAACAGUUUUGCAAGACUACCUGAAGCAUACCUUUUUACCAUUCAAACUAACUACCAGAACCAGAUUUAUUGCCACCCGUUAACAGGCCAAACAUUUUUAAGAGCAUGUAAAGUAUCGUCAGUUAUGCGACACUGAAGCGUAUCAUAUAAGACUGUUCAAGGCUGCUAGGUUGUAAGUGCGAAGGACAACUUGCGGUGUGCAUUAAGAACUACUAAAUAAUAAACUACUAUCACUAAAAAGGAAACUGAAGAAAGGGGCCCACAAAGCCAUAUAUCAGGUGUGAAUAGAGAAAGGGUUCGAGCCUCUGCAUGAAGUAAGGGAACACUGAGAAGGCAUGGAGAUGAGAUGAGCGGGGAGAGAAUGAACGUUUUGCGCUUUCUUCUCGCCACUAUCUUUUUGGCGCCGUGGGACUAUCCUUUCACUUUUGGGAAAGGGAAAAAAGGAAAUGUAGGAGCACGUUUUAACGCAUGCUAAAACUCCCUUCACUUACGAACGUCCAACACGCAGGCUACACUCCUGUCAUGGAGGCUGCCUGGGGCGUUACUUUCUGCAACGCUUUUUUCAUUACUCAUGCACUGAUUUUCCAUACUACGUUUUCUGCGCACCUCGGGUAGUCUGGUAUUUUAAUAGCAUACAAAUCAGGCGAGUUUUCCGCUUUAAAACUUAUUUAAUAAAAGUGUUGAAGGAAAUAC